AUGUCCGGUACAACAUAUAGAGGACCUAUCAAUCGAAAUCCGAAAGAUGAUGAAGCAGGAAUUGUAAUAUAUGGAUACAUACCUUCUUUGGCUUUAGGUAUAAUUGGAAUUAUAGCAUUCGCUACUGUCCUUUGCGUUCAUUCAUUUUGGUUGAUUAGGAACAAGGGUACGAGGUCAUUUCACAUGUUGAUGAUUAUCGGUGCUUUGAUGGAGGUCGGAGGUUACGCAGCUAGACUAGCAAGUCAUCAAAGACCGUUUGUAGUUAGCAGUUUCGUUGCUCAGUAUUUCUUGAUUGUAGUCGCACCUGUACUGUUUUCAGCUGCGAUUUAUCUCUCUCUGUCUAUAGCUACUAAAGGAUAUAAAGGUUCUGAGAAGUAUUUGAUUAUCAGUCCGAAGAAAGUAUUGAUAUUCUUUGUCACCGCAGACGUGAUCACCACAAUCAUACAAAUAGCAGGAGCAGCUCUUAUCGGUACAUCUGAAUCAGCCAGAGUAAGAGGUAGAUACACAAAAGUCACUCCUGAACAAGCGAAUAAUAUCCUUAUAGCAGGAUUAGCUAUUCAAUGUUUCUCAUUCACAUGUUUCCUAUUCAUCUUACUAUCAAUGAUAUAUCGUUUACGUUCUCAUUCAAGCACUAAUCUUACUUCAAACUCUUCAAGCUCUUCAAGCUCAAGUCCAGGCUCAACCAAGUUACCCAGGUUCUUAUAUACAAUCCUCAUAACGGCCUGUUUGAUUUUAUUGAGAACUACAUUCAGAUUGGCCGAAUCAGGACAAGGUUUUUUCGGUUUCGCAUCUACUCAUGAGAGUUUAUUUGGUACUUUGGAGUUUUUACCUGUUAUUUUAGCAUUGAUCAUUUGGUCAAUCUAUCCUCCCUCGAAAUUCAUCUCCAACCCCAACCCCAUCUUCAACUCCAAUAGUGAUUCUCAGAUAAACGACAGAGAUCAUAGAGGAGAUAGAGUAGCAUCAGGUAUCGAGACUAGACAAAUUAGCAGGGACGUCGUAUAG